AUGAUGGUCGAUGUCAUGCACAUACCAGGACUUGACAAACGAUUGCUGUCCGUUGGCAAACUGGCAGGACGAGGCAUGAGGGUGGAGUUUCAAAGCUCGUCCUGCAUCAUUUGUAGUGCCAAGCGCGCGAUUGCAAGCGGCAAGAAGAUUGGCAAGGCGUACUUCCUGGAUUGCGAACAAGAAGAAGCCCGGCUUGUAGAAUACGCAGGGGCUGAAAGUGAGUGGGAGCUUUGGCACGCUCGCUUGGGACACCCUGGAAGAUCUGGUAUGGACAAGACACAGCGCGCUACGAGUGGUAUGCCGGCGGUAAAGCAGGGCAUCGAGAAGCUGUGCAGUGGAUGCAUGAAGGGCAAGCUGACGAUCGAUACAUUCCCGUCUCAAUCGCUAACUAGGACGUCAUGUGUGUUGGAACUAGUACACACGGACGUGAUGGGACCGAUGAAGACGGUCUCAAAGGGUGGUGCACGAUUCGUAUUGACAUUCGUAGACGACUACUCAAGAUUUGUGGCAGCGUACUUCAUGAAGCACAAGAGCGAGGUGGCCGCAAGGCUUAGCGAGUUCAAGGCUUUCUAUGAGAAUAAAUGGGGCAAGCACUUGAAGUGUAUACGGUCGGAUAAUGGGACGGAGUUUGUCAACAAGAAGAUUGCCCAUAUAUGCGCCCGUAAUGGUAUCAUGCACCAGCGGACAGUACCAUAUAGUCCGCAACAGAACGGCGUUGUGGAACGCAUGAAUCGCACUAUCAUGGAGAAGGCAAGGAGCAUGCUGUACUACAAGGGUAUCGACAUGCAGUGGUGGGCAGAGGCGGUCAGUACGGCUGUGUACUUGAUCAACAGAUCCACAAACUCUGCAAAUUCGGACGUAACACCGUUCGAGGUUGGUUUCAAGAUGAAGCCGAGUAUUGAGCAUUUGCGUGUGUUUGGAUCGCAAGGGUAUGCUUACAUUGACGACGAUAAGAGGACGAAGCUCGAACCAAAGAGUUACAGGUGUAUGUUCCUCGGAUAUGCGGAGAACACCAAGGGAUACAGGGUGUUCAAUCUGGAAAGGUCGAAGGUUGUCAUAUCGCGCUCCGUAAAGCUGGACGAGCGGAUAGUUGAAGGCAUAUACGACACGGUGGUACCAGAUAAAGUACCAGUCGUCAAGUAUAUUAGGGACACUGAUGAAGCAGUGAUUCCGGUGGUUCGUCCGCACGAUGGAGACGAGACGAUGGAAGAUGUCGAAGAAAGCACUCCUGAUGUCGAGAUGGACAAGAUAGAAUCGGCUCCAUUCGAAACAGGUAUCAUCAUACCUCAAGUACUCGAUCCAGAAACUCAAGAACCAAGAGGCGAUGAGAUAACGGGAUAUUAA